CGGAAAGGAGAACUCAAGGACGGCAAUACUAAUCAUGUGACCUGCCCUUCAACCUGUCAUUUGACAAAUCACUUUUUUUUUUAGACAUUCUCGUCAGAAGCUGCGAAAAAAACAAAAACUUGCAACAUGAACUCCUCCCCGGUAACUCCAGUGACCUCCCGCAGUGGCUAUCUACGUGGACGUAAACGUAUUCAGGUGCAUCCCAUUGCCGAGCUCCAAAAAGUGGCAGCUAAGAAGAAUAAACGCCGGCACACCUAUGAUCCACAAAAGCACGCCUCCGAGGGAUCCAAGGAAGUGAAAAUCUACCAAACGAGAGACAAGACACGGCGGGCAGAAGCGAAGCGGAUCGGCGCUGAGAACGGUAUCGCCGAGGACAAGGUGGACACUAAGAAGAGACGCUAUCCCCAACGAAAGUCGAAAUAGUGGCAUUUGUUUCUAGUGGUUUAUUCAAUCGAAUGGUGUACACUGAAGUGAAGGAACAGAAGCAGCAGUUGCGGCGGAAACUUAAGCAAGACUACGCAUUAAACUACGGAACAUGAGAUACUUGAUUACGAUUUAUAAAAUAAACGCAUCCUUUCUUUCGAGCCUAGA